AUGGGUAUUGGUCAAAAAUUUGCACGAUUACUUCAGUACCUAGGAAAAUGUUCUGAAACUUUAAUGUAUCAUGACGAGAUUGCUUCUGCUGUGCGAUGGAUUGGACAAAUUGAAUCAAUUAUGACGCGAAUUCAUUUUCAUCCAAAUCAAGUUUUUGAUGAGUCAAAACAUGUCAUAGAUGUAGUAGCUAAGGAAUAUCUUGAAAAAAGCUACCGAUAA